AGGUCGUGUCGGCCCGAGCGGUUCCGCCUUCGGCGAACGGGCGGAACGCGAACGCGGCGAAAGGCGAACGCGGCACGGGGAACGGGGCGCCAUGGGCGGAGCAAUCUCACCAUGCGUGGAGCUCGAGGAGGAACAGUACAACAUGAACCAUCGUAUGGAUUCCGUGGACGUGGUGAACGAGGUGACCACUGGCGAGUACAAAAACGUGGAGGCGAGCGAUCCCAUCUUUCAGCAGGGCCCACAAGCACCUCUCUGUGUGUUUGAGCACAUCACCAAGGAUUUGAGGAACAUUCCGGCCGCCUGUGUGCCCGAAAGGAUGUCAGGACUCACCGACCAGGAAGUAGCAGAUGUGCGGCUGGCUCAGGCUGCAACACGUGGAGAGCUGAAAGAUAUUGAGCAAGCGCUACGCGCGGGUGCUCGCGUGGACACGCGCGCCGAGCUGCACAUUGCCAUGGGCGAUGCCAGUGGAAGCAAGCCCGGCAAGCGGACUCCCUUGAUGCGUGCUGCCGCCAGUGGACAUCUGGAGGUGGUGAAGACCUUGAUCCGCGCGGGCGCCAGCAUUUGGCGCGUGGACAGCCGAGGCUGGACGCCUGUGUGCUAUGCUUUGGCCAACGGAGAGCUCGCGCUGGCGUAUUAUUUGCUGUCUGAAGCGGGGAAUCAUCGGGAGAGGCAGGUGAAGAUGGCGCGUGAGCACCGGCUGGAGGUCAUCGACUACUGCGAGGAGUUCACGGGCGCCAACGAGGCGGAUCAGCUCCGCGAGGCCUUCGCGUCCGGCCUCGCGGGCCCCGAGGACGCCGCGGCCCGGCCCGAGCGGCCGGAGAAGAGCGUAUGAACAGCUUCCUGCCGAGAGGCGCAUUAAAAAGAAACUGAGCUGCCGUGCAUGACUGCUGCGACUGUUCACGUGUUGUUUUAGGGUUCUGACGCUCCGCGAAGGGCCGCAG